AGCAUAAAUAAAUCGCAAUAUUUUUUCUUUAGGUCACAAAAGCUCUCUCUCUGUCUCUGUCUCAAAAAUCUGCAGGAAGUGAAUCGUCAAACCGAGUUUGGAGGAUCUGUCUUUAAGGAGUUUUUGUUGAGAAAUGGCUUCGAAACGGAUCUUGAAAGAGCUCAAGGAUCUUCAGAAGGAUCCUCCAACUUCCUGCAGUGCUGGCCCAGUUGCUGAAGACAUGUUUCAUUGGCAAGCUACAAUAAUGGGUCCAUCCGAUAGUCCUUAUUCAGGCGGAGUCUUUCUCGUAACCAUUCACUUCCCUCCGGAUUAUCCAUUCAAACCACCAAAGGUUGCAUUUAGGACAAAAGUGUUUCACCCUAAUGUCAACAGCAAUGGAAGCAUUUGCCUCGACAUUUUGAAAGAACAAUGGAGUCCUGCACUCACCAUAUCUAAGGUGUUACUUUCGAUAUGUUCAUUGUUAACGGAUCCAAACCCAGAUGAUCCAUUGGUUCCAGAGAUUGCUCACAUGUACAAAACCGAUAGAGCUAAGUAUGAGUCUACUGCGAGAAGCUGGACUCAGAAAUAUGCAAUGGGAUAAAGUUGAUCCCUCAAAGACUCGGUUUUAAUAGAGAGAGAGAAAGAGAGAGGACUUCUUCACAUAGGAUCUUCCAUGAAAUAAGUUAGAUUCCUAUGUUUUAUCAUCUUUGUUUGAAAUCUCUUUAAUGUCAAACAAAAAUAUUCCUUCUCCUCUUUAUCCCUUUGUUUCCUAUCUUUGUUUCUAUGCAAUUACAAAAAAUUAUAAUAAAAAAUAUUUAUGUAAAGCUGGAAACUUUGAGCUUUUACAUGAUAAGUAUGAAGAUGAUGAAAGAGGAUUAAAUGGGAA